AUGGAUCAAAUCGAACACCUGACAGACGCCCAUCGGCGCCCGAAGAAGCUAAUCUUCGCACCAGGCGACAUUGCACCAACCUCCAAUGCGCCAACACCAGAACCACAGCCCCAAGAAAUCCCGGCGCCAAUCACCGUCCUAGAAGCCCUCCGCACCUCAGCCUCAACCCCAAACUCCACAACGGAAACCGAAGUCCUCUCGCACGCCGCGCGCGCCCACCAAUUCGGCACAAACCCACCAUUAACAAUCUCCCAAAUCCAUGGCACAAACCCGCUACACCAAUUCAACACCUGGUUCCGCGACCCCCGUCUCCCAGCCUCCUCCGCCCCGGAAACAUGCACUCUAUCAACAGCCUCGCUCCCCUCGGGCCGCGUCAGCGCGCGCGUCGUAUACCUAAAAGAACUCGACGAGCGCGGCUGGGUCGUCUACAGUAACUGGGGUAGUCGUGAAGGCAAAGGCAGACAGGUUUUCGGAGGCGAGAGUGGUGACACGCUAGAUGCCAUGCCGGAACCGGAUUCGGAGCAACCUACCAUCACGGCAGAGGUUGGGUCUGGGAAUAAAUGGGGCGCGUUGACGUUUAGCUGGGCGAGUGUUGAGCGGCAGGUGAGGGUUGAGGGGUUGCUCGAGCCGCUUCGGAGAGAGGAGAGUGAGAUGUAUUGGCGGACGCGUGAGCGGGGGAGUCGCAUUGGGGGAUGGGCGAGCUGGCAGAGUCGGGUUUUGUGGGCUGCAGAGCCUGUGCAGAUGGAGGAGAACCAGAGAAGGAAGAGUGUAGUGAGGUUGCAGGGGGAUGGGGAUCAGCUUAUUCCGUUGGAUAUUGAGCAGACGGAUGUCGAGGAUGGACGGGCGUUGUUGGAGGCCAGGGUUGCGGAGAUGGAGAAGAGGUUUGCGGGUGUUGAAGAUAUUCCCUUGCCACCGUUUUGGGGUGGUGUGAGGCUUGUGCCGGAGUCUGUGGAGUUCUGGCAGGGACGUCGGAGUCGGUUGCAUGAUCGGUUCCGUUAUAUCUCCACCGCAGCCAUGUCGACCUCAACGCCUCCGUCAAUCCCCCAAUCCUCCACAUCCCCCUGGAUCAUCCUCGCAGUAACGAGCGGCGCCUUCGCUGCGUUGAACGGUGUUUUCGCGAAAUUAACCACGGACGACCACACAACGGCCUUCGCGCAAUCCCUCGCCCACCUCUUCGGUCUAGAGUCAUCGCCCGUGAUUGAGGUGCUUACUCGAGGUGCCUGCCUCGGCCUAAACGUUCUCUGCAACAUAAUAAUGUGGGCACUCUUCACACGCGCGCUAACAGCCGGUCCAUCGACGGUCAAAGUCUCCAUCACGAAUACGGCGUCGAAUUUCUUGGCGACAGCGGUGUUCGGGAUGAUUGUUUUUCAGGAGGCUGUUGGGGGGCUUUGGUGGUUGGGGGCUGCGAUGAUGGGGGCUGGGUGUAUUCUGGUUGGGAUGCGGGAGGGGGCUUAG